AUGGCGCCUCUUUGCGGCCAGAAUAUGACUGCCGUUGAGCCGCGCUCCGAGCUCAAGCAGCACCGUCUGCGCGAUGUCUCGAGGGCGGAUUCCCGCAACCUUUACUAUAUGAGCAUGAAGUCUGACCUUCCUGGUUACCAGGAUUCCGCGGAUAUGGCUGGUGAGAAGGUGAAGAAAUCGCAGGGACCCCUUAUCGCACGUCGUUUGAGUUCUGCCGACACAGAGGUCUCCUCGACGCUAUUCCGACGCAUGUCGAGUGUCGGCAAGCAAUAUGUUCCGCAUUCAGCCGACGGAACGCACGGUGGCGUGGCUUUGCCGCCUACUAAUAUGACAAAAGGAAUAAGUGUGUCCGCGCGCGACCCCCCCAGGAAUCCCUUUGGGGAAACCAACUUCAAGUCGAGCUGCCCCGUUACGGAACACAGGCGCCAGCAGCCGGCGCCUGCACCUACGCGUACCAAGGGUCACUCGUCUAAGCAAAAUCUCGUCGCUGGCAACACGGUGUGGGAGUUGCCUGAAAAAUAUAAAGUGAUUGAUAUCGUCGGGUCGGGCUCGUACGGACAGGUGUGUCGUGCGUUCGACAUUGAGAAUCAGCGUUACGUGGCCAUCAAGCGUAUCCACAAGGUUUUCGAGGAUCUGAUAGACUGCAAGCGUAUCUUGCGCGAGAUUGCUAUCCUCAACAGGUUGGACCACCCCAACGUGGUGAAGGUGUUGGAUAUUGUGAUUCCAAGUGACCUGGAGAAUUUCAACGUGCUCUACGUGGUGUUGGAGAUUGCGGCGUCUGACAUCAAGCUUCUAGUGCGUUCACCAGCCUUCCUGAACGACAACCACAUCCGGCUUCUGAUAUACAAUUUGCUCUGCGGCGUCAACUACUUGCACGCGGUUGGCAUCUACCACCGCGACCUCAAACCGGCCAACUGCCUCGUCAACCGCGACUGCAGCGUGAAGAUCUGCGACUUCGGGCUGGCCAGGACGGUCUCACACCGCCGCGACUCGACGCCGCUCUCAGUGCACGGUUCCUACACCGCCCGUGAAGUGGAGGAUGAGGUCUUCCGCGGAGACAGCACCGUCAGGACGAUGCCUGACUCUGCACGGCUACUUGACUACAACGAAGAGCUCGCUCACUUCCAGCGCAAGAAGAUGAACGAGACGUUCGCCCGCCAGCUGACCGGCCAUGUGGUCACCCGCUGGUAUCGGGCACCCGAGCUCAUUCUGCUGCAAGAAAACUACACAUCGGCGAUAGACGUGUGGUCUAUAGGGUGCAUUUUCGCGGAGCUAUUGAAUAUGGUUAAGAUGAACGUGCCGGAUGCAUCCGCACGUUCACCCCUGUUCCCGGGAUCGUCGUGCUUCCCGCUUUCGCCAGACAACAAAAACUCUACCGAUCGAGCUAAGGAUAACGACCAGCUCAACAUUAUUUUCAACGUCAUCGGAACACCCAGUGAGGAGGACAUCGCAGCGAUCGCAAAACCCGACGUGCGCCGCUACGUGCGCAUGUUCCACAAGCGCAACGGCGUUGACCUGUACAAGCGUUUCAGGGCGACCCCGCCUCUGGCCGUCGACCUCCUGCAGCGCAUGCUGGUAUUCAACCCGGAAAAACGCAUCAAGGUUAGCGAAGCACUACAACAUGAGUACUUCCGCGACCUCUACAACCCGCGUCACGCGGAGGUCCCAUCGCACCCGGUGGUUGUGCCCUUCAACGACUGGAUUAACAUGUCGGAAGGCCAACUGCGCUACGCAUUCCUGCGUGAGAUUCAGCGUCACCACCCAGAGUUCAAAAUCCCACUCAAGAUCAUUUACAAGCCCUAG